AUUAGUCAAAUCUUAAGAGGCCGUAAUUAGAUUUCAAGAACUUUACAAGACUUGCUUUCAAUUCAAUAAUACCAUUUUUAUUAUUUAAAAUAUAUAUUAACAUUUUUCACUUAUUAGUAUAGUGGAUAAAAGAAAAUCUGUUUUGCAACCAAAUGGCCGACCAAUGUAUCUUGGUUGGUGUAUGUUCACAUUGUUAUGUAAGGUUUGGUGACGUGACUCAACCAUAGAAAUAAUAAUAAUUUGCUCGAAAUUAUUGUUUAUAUGGUUGAUCCAUUAGAGAUAAAUUUAAGACUCUAUUAUUAAUUGUUUAUUAAGUUAAUGUACAAUGCCGACAAUAAUUUCUCCCUAUAAAAACUCAUUCGAACAAGUAUCUUCCCAAUCAAAUAACUCAUCUUCCAAAGCUCUCUUCUCUCUUCACAAAAUCACACUCUCUUAACAUUUUAGAAGAUUCCUGCUUGGAAAGAAUCUAAAACAAGUUUUUCGAAGGAUUCGUCGUAUAAAGUCUCACCAUCUUCCUAGUCUUUAAUUUGCUAUACAAGCAUUGUUAUAUCAACUGGUUUCUUAUGGACACAACUGGAUAUGGAAAGCAUCAUCAUGAGCUUGAGGAGAAAGGAGAAGAAAUCACAAAGUAGAAGACUCGGGAAAUAUCUCAAAGAACAAAAGGGGAGGAUCUACAUCAUUAGAAGAUGUGUGAUGAUGCUUCUUUGUUCAUGUGAUUAAUUUAUUUAUUACGAUACACAUAAAAACACAUAUACAUACACAUGUAUAUGUGUUUGUUUUGUCCGAUAUGUAAAUACAUAGUGAAGUUGAGCAGUUAUUGAUGAUCAAUAUUCAAUAGUAA